AUGGAGAGCCCGGUGGCCCCCUGCGUCCUCUACCCGGGGGACGGAGCGUGCGGCCAGGCCGGGGGCCGGGGCGGCGCUCCCGAGGCUCCGGGAGAGGGCGGCCUGCAGCCGCCGGACGCGGCGGGGGGGGGGGGCGCUGCGUCCCCGGCGCAGACACCCUGCAGUCUCAGCGCGUCCCUGUGCUUCAGCUCCGGGGACGAUUCCCCGCCCUCUUGUCGCCGCGGCCGGCGGGUGGUGCAGAGGCAGUGGGAAGUCGGCAGCGCGGGCGCCGCGUCCCCGGAAGGGCGCGCGUCCCCUGAGGAUCCCGUGUCCCCCGAGGAGCGCACGUCCCCAGAAGAGUCCGCGUCCCCGGAAGAUCCCGUGUCCCCCGGGGAGUGCCCGCCGGCCGAGGAGCCCACGUCCCCGGAAGAGCCCGGGGACCCCGCGCCCGUGCCCCCCGGCGUCGGGCCGGAGCACGGGGAGCCCGACCUGCUCAUCGAGGUGUCGGGCCGCCGGCUGCGGGCUCACAAGGCGGUGCUGGCGGCGCGCAGCGACUACUUCCGCGCGCGCGCGUCGCGGGACGUGCUGCGGGUGCAGGGCGUGGGCUGGGCGGCGCUGCGGCUGCUGCUGGCCUACGCGUACAGCGGGCGCAUGGCGGGCGUGCGGCCCGACAACGUGGCCGACGUGGUGGCCGGCGCGCGCCGCCUACAGCUGCCCUGCGCCGCGCAGCGCGCCACCGACGCCGUGGCGCCGCAGCUGAGCUUGGCCAACUGCUUCGAGGUGCUGAGCGCGGCCAAGCGGCAGCGGCUGGCCGAGCUGCGCGAGGCCGCCUACCGCUUCAUGAGCGACCACUACCUAGAGGUGCUGCGCGAGCCCGCCGUCUUCGGUCGCCUGUCGGGCGCCGAGCGCGACCUGCUGCUGCGCCGCCGCCUGCGCGCAGGCCGCGCCCGUCUUCUGGCCGCCGCGCUCGGCCCGGCCGGGGAGCGCGCGGGCAGCCGGCCGCAGAGCCCGUCGGGGGACGCGGAGGGCCGAGGCGACGCCGCUGUCUACUGCUUCCACGAGGCGGCCGGCGAGUGGCGCGAGCUGACGCGGCUACCCGAGGGCGCGCCGGCUCGGGGCUGCGGCCUGUGCGUGCUCUACAACUACCUCUUCGUGGCCGGCGGCGUGGGGCCCGCGGGCCCCGACGGCCGCGCGCGGCCCUCGGACCGGGUCUUCUGCUACAACCCGGCCACCGACCGCUGGAGCACCGUGCGGCCGCUGCGCCAGGCGCGCUCGCAGCUGCAGCUGCUGGCCCUGGACGGCCACCUGUACGCCGUGGGCGGCGAGUGCCUGCUCAGCGUGGAGCGCUACGACCCGCGCGCUGACCGCUGGGCCGCCGUGGCCCCGCUGCCCCGGGGCGCCUUCGCCGUGGCGCACGAGGCCACCACCUGCAACGGCGAGAUCUACGUGUCCGGGGGUUCGCUGUUCUACCGCCUGCUCAAGUACGACCCGCGACGCGACGAGUGGCAGGAGUGUCCGUGCAGCAGCAGCCGCGAGCGCUCGGCCGACAUGGUGGCUCUGGACGGCUUCAUCUACCGCUUCGACCUGUGCGGGGGCCGCGGCGAUGCGCCGGGGGCCGGGCCUGCGGCGGGGGUCAGCGUGUUCCGCUACCACUGCCUGGCCAAGCAGUGGAGCCGCUGCGCCUCGCACCUGCGGGCCCCGGCCGCGCCGUCGGGCCUACAGCCCUUCCGCUGCGCCGCGCUGGAUGGCACCAUCUACUGCGUGAGCCGCGCGGGCACCUGGCGCUUCGUGCCGCCCCCGGACGGCGAGCCCGGCGCCGGCGACGCGGGCCCCGAAGGCAGCUUCGAGCUCCAGUCGCUCCGAGCCCCCGCGGACGCCCGGGGCCUGUUCUUCCCGUUCGUGCUCAACCUGCCGGAGGAGAAGCCAGACCGAGGCGAGGAGGGCGCCGCGUAG